AUGUCGUCAUCAGUACCUUACGAUCCAUACGUUCCACCAGAAGAAUCUCAAGAACAAUCACAAUCUAAGACAGCUGCUUUACAAGCUGAAAUUGAUGAUACUGUCGGUAUAAUGAGAGAUAACAUUAAUAAAGUUGCGGAACGUGGUGAAAGACUGACUUCUAUCGAAGAUAAAGCCGACAACUUGGCGGUUUCCGCUCAGGGUUUUAAAAGAGGUGCCAAUAGGGUAAGAAAGCAAAUGUGGUGGAAAGAUUUAAAAAUGAGAAUGUGUCUUCUACUGGUUGUAAUCAUCCUAUUAGUAGUAAUCAUCGUUCCUAUCGUGGUUCACUUCACUUAA